AUGGCGGAGAAGCAAGAGGGCCAUUCCCUCACCAAAGAGGAAUGUGCGCCAAAACAGGAUCCCUUUCAACAUGAGCCAGCCAAGCUCAUUGUCUCUCGUGAGAAGCCACGCAACUGGGUCAUCCAAGAGUGCGCCGAGCGUGAAGGCGUCCUACUUGACGCUCAAGGAGGAUUGAUCCCUGAUACUGCUCGGCAAUCACAGUCAUCAUCACAAUCACCGACCCUUCGGAGGCAGUCUCGCUCGUCAGCCUCGUUCUCACGAGCUUCUGCUGAGCUUGGUGAACCGAACAGUCCCAGCAAAGGCGGUCACACCUUACGCAGGAAACCUCGCGUCAACUAUGCCCUUGAAGCUGAGCAGAUGGGGGAUGGACCCAUGGUGCCGAAUUCGACUUCAUCAAGCCGCCUCAAAAUCCGUGACAACCACGGGGAGGUCGAGAUUUCCAGACUGAAGCAACAACAGCAUGGGGCACUGGUGGAGCAGGAAUGUAAGCAUGAACCGGAAAAGCAUACAUGCUCCGAUCUCUGUGAGCCAAAGAAGGGGCGGCCUCAGCGCAUGUCCUGCAAACGCGCGAUUUCGAUACUUUCGAUGCUGUCUGAGCCCAACGAGCGGUACGAGAUUUACGGUGACACAUAUCGCGAGCUCCACGGCGAUCGCAGGCUCUUCAGCGAAUACCGACCUUACACUAUUAACUACCAAAAGUUGAUCAAACCAGCAUCAGGCGGCUGUUUCUACGUCACAUGGUUUGGCAUCGAGGACCAGAAGUUGAGUAACAUGGACUUGAACCAGCGAUCGACUCUGAUGAGACUCGCUGUUGAGCCAACCAUUACCAAGGGCUUCUGCGAAGCCGAUGUUCCACCCUGGGCUUUGGGUCGCGUGUCUCGACGCGAAGAACUCCCCGGGCUAGAGUGGAAUUCCAUCGAGCCUAAAGAGUAUGGCUUCCCCUGGGGUGAGGUAGAUGCCCUUCCGCAGGACCAUCCCGUCGAACCUGGGUCCGCGUCUGAAUCCGCAAUCGAGACAUUCACCCCGACGCCCAUCGAUUCAGCUUUAGCAGGAUCCUCUGGCGAUGGAAGUCGUGCCGCUACGUCAAACAGCACCAACACGUCGACCAAUGCCAAGCAACGUCCCGCAGCCGCGCCAGAACGGGACGAGAAGCUGUUGGGGAGCAAAAGAUCAUCUCCCAGUCACUCCCAGACCAAUGAGCAGCAGGGCGUAGAAGAAGCAGAGGGGGGGGAGAACAAGCCUCAGAUUGAAUCUGAGCACCGCACCAAAAAGGAAUCCCCAGACGCCCAAAUUGCAUCACCACAACCGUCCGAGAUACAGCGCGUACCUUCUUCAAGCGACUCAGCUUUGAGCACGGACCUGAGCGACGAGCAUAUUCGCUCACAGCUGGGGUCACUCAAGUGGUGCGCAGAGCAGCCUCGACCACCCAGCCCGUGGAGUCACCUGACACCGUAUGUUUGGGGAGAAUACUCUGUCUAUCCCGAGCAAAAGAACCAGCCUCAGGAGGAGGAUGCCGCUAGUGACGAGCAGUCCCCCGAGGAAAAGGAGUCCGGGAAGGAUAGUGGCAUUGACCUCGAUGCCGUCGCCGACGACAUGCUAGACGCGCAGGGCCCUCCCACUGAAUUGGCCACGCCUACGCUCAACACUCCGACCCGCGGAUCGCCGGUUCUCGACGCUGGUGAGCUCACAUCGUUCAAUUCUCCGGCCAUCGCGACGGACGAAGUGGACAGCAACGAUAUCUCCGAGUCGCAGGAGGCUGUCGUCGCGAAAUUGAAACACUACAAGCUCCGCAAGAUACAGGACGUCGAUGUUUUUCUCAACGCGGCCGAGGACUACCAGGACAAAUCCAACGAGGAACUCUUGACUCUGGCCUACGCAUUGACGGACUGCAUGAACACUUGGCAAGAGGAGUAUGCCGAGGAGCAAAGGAGGGUAGACGACUGCGAAAAUGCAGAGCGGCGCCGACUGGCUGACAACAAAUACGAGGCGCGCACCAAGGACCUGGGACAGGAGGGCAUCAACUGGGAGGAGCCUGACUUCCAGGUCAAGGGCUACAAGGCAAGAGCAAAGGAGGCUGUCCUCACCGAGACGCGCUACCUCCAGGCCCAGGACCGUAUCAUGGCCAGCGCAUAUGGCUUCGAGUACGAUCCGCAUCCGUCCAAGAUUGGCAAGCAGAACCCCGAGAUGCAGCAGGCGGGCAUCUCCACGCGAGGCCGAUCCCUGCGCAACCAGCCCAAGCCCACUGUCAAGGCCACUGAGACAGAGGGCGUGACUGGCAAGAGGCAGCGUAAACCUGUGCAGCUGUUCGAGCCGGCCGCCCACGAUGCUAGCCGCGCAGCCACGCCCGUCCCAACCUCGGGCCGUGGGCGCAGACGCAAGAAUGCCGACGCUGACAUCGUCGACGGCGGCGGCGAACCGUCUUCCAGCUUCAACGGCGGGAACCAUUCGGAUGCGGAGACGCCAGGUACUGGACGUCGCAAGCGUGCGGCUCGAACCAGAGUACGCAACGACGAUGCCGACUCCAUGAUCCAAGAUGAGCGAUAUGAGGCGCUCAAGCCUGCUGCAGCUCGUCGCAACAGAGGAAAGGUCGCCAUCAGGGCUGAACACCAGUCCUCUGUUCGCGUCAGCAAGGCUGAUGGCCGGUUCCUCAUCACCUUCCUACUUCCCCAGUCUGACAAGCACAGACGACCCUCCUUGCCUCUCAGCGACAACGGCGAGUCUCGACCGUCCACUGCCGACUCUGGUGUCACUGUUGAAUCAAGCUACUCAUUCAGGCCGAACCGUAAAAAGAGGUUCCGCACUGCGCUAGAGGAUAACCCUGAAAGCGCCACUGCGCCUCCCCGGAAGAGAGUCCGUAAGGCUGGCCCGGAUGUUGGUGACCGGGACGAAUACAUGGAGACGGUCAUUCCACUUCCCGCACCAGACUUGAGUCAGCAGAGCCAUGCCUCCAAACCGCCUAAGAUCAAGAUGCGUCGUGGUUCCAACGGUCCAUCCCCCGAGACGCGCACAGGCACUCCAACGUCUCAACCCACAACGGAGGGUGGCGACGACUCGUCCAAGGAGUAUCGAGCCAUGACCAAGUCAGAGAAGAUGUCCGCGUCUAUGAAGAACCGUUGGGCCAACGGGAACAUGGCUGGUGCCGUCGAGAAGCGCAAAGCCACGCUCGCGGCCAAGAAGCUGCAGCAGGCCGCCGCCGAGCAGCGAGUCGGUCCUCUCGCGCCCAAACCAAAGGGCAAGCCGGCCAAGAAGAUUGAUCAAGUGUCUCUCCCCGGGGAGAAUCCAGCAUUCAUGCAUUCUCGCCCCGUCUCGCAGCCGCCACCGCCUGCCCAUCAACACCAUGAGAUGCACCAGCCUAUGCAUCACCAACUGCCGCCGCCGCCGCCGCAGCAGCAGCAGCAGCAGCAGCCACAACACCAUCACCACCAGCCACUGCCUCAGCAGCAGUACGCGGUCCAGCCUCCUCCGCACCAUGUGCAGCAAGGCAUUCCCCCUCACUACCCUCCUGAGUAUGCUUCCGGUCACCCGCUUGGCCAUCACCAGCACGCCGUACAUGGUCGUCCUACGCAUGCGCCUCCACCUGGAAUGCAUCCUGCCCAGGCUCAGCAGGGCCUGCCUCCCGGUUAUCGACCGUUUGGUCACCACGAGUACGCACCAUACCGCGGGUAA